AUACUUCACAACAGAUGACAAAUAAUUGAAGUCUAUUUUAUUCUUUCUAAAUCGGUUUCUUCUUGAGGUCUUCUUCUUCACCAUUAGCAGUGCAGUUUAGUAAAAUCAGUGCAAUUUAAGCGUCGAAAUAUGACCGUUAUGAGGGAUCGUCCCUCUAUAUUUACUUUCACUUGUUCUUCAACUUCAAAACUCUGAUGAAAAAUAUACAAAAUAAUUUUGAGAAAUCGUCCAACAUACUGCUGAGAAGAAAGCUUGAUAAUCUUGUGUGCAAAUUCUCCGAAGGAGGCUGUAAAUUUCUCUAUUUUGGUAAACUGUUUGAACUUUGCUGAUACAAACACCGGGAACAAGCAUCUCCAUGUUUAGGUGGGAUUAAUCGUCUAGACCUAGAAAUUUCAAUAGACGGGGAUGAUGGAUUUUUCCCUUCAUCUGGCAAUGACUUGGGAAAAAAUGAACAGAGGAAAACAGCAGAUUAGGCCAAACAGGCCUAUUGCACCAAAUCCUAGAGUAAAUCCAUUCACAAUCAGGCAAGACCUGAAUUCAGCUAAACCUUCAGUACUAAACCCUGGAGCAAAUCCAUACCCAAUUAAGCCAAGCCUAAGUCAAAACAGAUAUUCGGCAUUGGCUCACUUUCCCCCUAUUACUCCAGCAGCAUUACCACAAUGCAAUUCUUCGAAUAUGCUUGUUUUGAAGAAACCUUUCUCUCAGGACCUAGAGUCCUUUCAAUCACCUUCAGGAAAACUCAGAUUUUCCCAAAAGCAAACCAGCGAUAACUACGCAAUGAAGCAACCAAAAAACUUCGCUGAAGCAGUAUCUCCAGCAACUAAGAAAGUUGCAAAGACUCUUUCCAAAGAGAAAGAAGAAUUUGAAGUAUAUCCUUUGUAUACUUUUCCUAUUCUUGCUCUUGACAAGGAAUUUGAAAAUUAUGAGAUCAGAAAUCUGCUUAAACCUGUUUAUUCUAACAGGAAUUAUGUAGACAAUGAUAAUGCUUUAAAAACCAGAAGGUACUUUGAGUUCAUCCUGAUUGACACUGGAUCAAUCGAAAUUGAACAUGAACUAGCAGAUCAAUCAGACCCGGAUAGCAUAGCCCAUUCAAAGUUUACUAUUAAAAAGAUUUUGUCACCUUUUAAUUGGUUGACUGACCAUCUUCUCACUCCAGUUAAUCUUUCAAAAAGAUUUAACCCUCAGACAUUUAAUUGGUUCGACUAUAGAAAUGCAUGGAUGAACUUUUUAUUUGUCAGGCCAAUCACUCACACGUGGUUCGUCAAAUAUUGCCCAGAAGCAUCAACUUCUGUAAUCCCCAGGUGGUUCUACGAAUGGUGGAGUUACUUCGGAGGAAAUAAACAAGUCAUGCCUAAAAGGUUUGAGGAAGGAUAUCCUCAAUUUCAAAUUGAUGAAAACAUCUCUACUCUUCCUGAGAAUAUAAAACUCUGUAAGUAUUUCUUUAGAAGACAUUUAUCUUAUAUCAUAAGUUGGACGUUUUGUACUGCAGAGUUUGACAGGAUAAAAUAUCUCUCCAAAGAGAUAUGAAUUAAAGGCUGGUCUCCAGCAAAAAGAGAAUCUCCAUGAUCUUCUACAAAGAAGACAUCAGUCAAGGUUUCACCAUCUAAGAGUGAAUUAAAACAGCGCCUUGAAAAGGCAUUAUCAGAAUUAGAUGAUGAAAAGGUUAAUCCAGAUGAAGCUGCAAUUGAGCAACUUCUUGAAGAAGCUUCGUCACAAAGUGACGAUAAUAGUGAUAUGUUGUAUCCAAAGGCUCUAGCACAGUCUUAUCUAAAUCCUUUCGAUUAAUCCUAAUUGAGCUUAUUAAAAAGCGGAAUAAUUAGCCUUCAAGACAGAGAUCAAAAGAUCGGAAUUGUCUAAGAAGGAGUAAAGGAGUUUCAAAGAAACGAAAUCUUUACUGAUUAAACACAUGGCCCCAAAAGGGACCCGCCACAAUAAGAAGACGUCUUCUCCGCCAAAAGUCAUUUGGAUUAUUCGGAAAAGAAAGACACAUGGAUCCCACAUAUCUUAUCUCCAGACAAAGCAAUCUGGAUUUGUCAGCAGAAAGAAGAAAAGCAGAGAUUCCUUCUUAUCUCUUCUUUUUUAUCUUUUAAAUUUCAAAAAGUCUAUAUAAAGACUCCUGGUAAAACCAUUAGAGGCAUCCUAGAAUUUUCUAUCUUAGAAAAUCUGAAAGAAAACCUCUCUCUUGUAUUUAAAGUUAGUGCUAAGGGUUUUACUAUGCUCAUGGAAGCAAACCAAGAACAUAGUACUAUUUUUGUUCCUAGUUUAUUAAAAUGGAAUGAUAUUCUUACGGAUGAAGAAUGGAAUUUCCAAUCAAUAACCAACCCUUUACCUGUUAAUGCUGAAAAGUCUCAUCUUGACUGAGUUAUUUAGUUUCCUGAUGGAUCUGUUAACCUUAAGUUUCUAAGAUCCAACUGCUUUAGCCAGGCAUCUUCAAGUAGAAUAAUGUCCUCGGCCAGACCUUCUUCUUUUUUUCGGGGGGAUGAUGACCGAGCGAAGAUUCUAUCUCCAUAGAAGAACCUAUAGAUAAAGGAAUGAAGAAAAAACUUUUGAAAAUUUCAAUGCUAGUCCUUAUUCUAUUCAAGAAGUAUUUUCCAGACUUGAAAAGAAAGGAACAAGUGUUGUAAGAGAUACUUCUUGGAUGAUUUAAAACAUGAGGUUGAAAACCUUAAAAAAGAGAUUAAAUCUUUAAAACAAAUCAGUUAAUUAACGAUCAUCGUAUUUCCCAACUAGAAAAUAAUAUUUCUGAAAAUGAUAUUUCUAUUUCUGAAAAAGGAAAAGAUGUUAUAGAUAAUGAGAUUGAUGAAUCCCAAAAAGUUCUUGGAAUGUUGCAAAUUGUUACUGCUCAUCGUUGGUAUAUAAAUUGUACCAUUCUAGUUAAUAAUGAUUUUAAGAUUUCGAGUAUUGCUAUGAUUGAUAGUGGUGCUGAUGUUAGUUGCAUUCAAGAAGGACUAAUUCCUUCAAGAUAUUUUGAAAAAACUACGCAUGUUGUUAAAUCUGCAUCAAAUCAUGCUUUAGACAUCAAAUAUAAAUUGUCCAAUACUUGUAUUUGCCAGAGUGAAGUUUUUAUUCCUCACUUUUUCUUUCUGGUUAAAAAUCAAUUAUAUCCGCCAAUUAUACUUGGUGCUCCUUUUAUAAAUGCUAUUUAUCCAUUUUCAAAAUUAAAUGCAAAAGGUUUUACAGCAAAUUAUAAUGGUAAUACCAUUAAUUUUGAGUUCAUAAUUGAACCAGUUACUAGGGAUAUUAACUCUUUGAUUCAUCUAAAUCAAAAGCAUAUUGAGUCUUUACAAAUGGAAAUUUACAGUCUGAAUAUUUCAGAGUCUUUACAAUCUUUUAAAGUCCAAGAAAAAAUUAAAUUAAUUUCUGGAAAAAUAGCUUCUAAUAUUUGUGCAGAUCAUCCAAAUGCUUUUUGGGACAGGAAAAAACAUAUUGUGACUUUGUCAUAUGAAGAUUCUUUUGAUGAAUCAAAUAUUCCUACGAAAUCUCGCCCCUGUCAAA